AUGGCAACACAAGGGGUGGCUAAGCCAUCGGCGAAGAAACGUAGCUUCCUCCUCCGUGAUAUCUUCAAACUUUGCCGAUCAAUCUCAAGCUUUUCGCCCAGUGACAAGCCUAAUCAUAUUCAUAAGGCUAAUAAACACGAACGAAACCCUCACGCCGAACCCAAACGCCAUGAAGAACACAACAAACGCAACGUCCAUAAUGGUCCAAACGCCUCUAAUUUCCAGGAAGACACGGCUAAUAAUGUUGAAGGUGUGAGUCUUUGCAAGGUUCGUAGCUAUAGAUUCGACAACGUUAGGUUCGGGGGGAGCAAGAAACCAACAUCUCUUUCAAGAAGUUGCAGCCAGAACACGGCUACAGCCGCCUCCUCGACAGCCACGAUGAAUUUGAAUCCGUCAAUGCGGGGUUUAUCCUUUAUGAAUAGGAGCAAAAGCAGCAACAACAGGACUGAUUCGGCUAGAUUUAUGCCAACACUUAUGAGAUCGACCACCACGGUUCCAAGGGGCUUAGCAAACCCAAUCCUGUACUCGAGCUCAUCUGCAAACGUGGCUAAACCUCCUCCAACGGUGAAGAAACUAAGAUGCACGCUCGAGGAGCUAUGCAACGGAUGCACCAAGAAGAUCAAGAUCAAGAGAGAUAUCAUUACAACUUCAGGGCAAAUGAGCCAGGAGGAGGAGACGGUGGAGAUCAAAGUGUAUCCGGGAUGGAAAGAAGGAACGAAAGUAACAUUCAACAAGAAAGGAAACGAAGCAAUGGGGAGUGGACCGGCUGAUUUGACAUUCAUGAUAAUCGAGAAAGAGCAUGAUGUGUUUAAAAGAGAAGGAGAUGAUCUUGAAAUGGAGGUUGAAGUCUCUCUAGUCGAAGCUUUAACGGGCUGCGAGCUCUCUAUUGAUUUACCUGACGGCGAAAACAUGAUAUUGAAGAUAGAAGAUAUCAUUGAACCUGGAUAUGUUACUGUGGUUCAAGGCAAAGGUAUGCCAAUCCUAAAGGAGAAAUGGAAGAAGAGAGGAGAUUUGAGAGUUCGGUUUCGGACUAAGUUCCCACAACAACUUACAGAUGAUCAAAGGGCAGAGAUUCAGAGCAUUCUUCAAGAUUCUUUUUGA